AUGCAAUACAAGUAAUUAGACAAUAUCAACUUAGAUUUCAAGAUGUUAGACCAUGUAUUAAUGAAAUAUAUAUCUCAUUUUUAAGAAUGUUUGAAAAUCUAGAACACUUUCAUCAACUUGCUUUUAUUAAGAUAUACAAUAUAUAUGAUAAAUAUAGGGUAUUUGAAAGAAAAGUAAACUUCAUGCUAAAAGAGAUCAGAAGAUUAAAUAUUAACUAAGACUUAUGUGUUAUGAAUAAUGCAUUAACAGAAUUUAAGAAUGAUGAAAAUAUAGAAUACAUUUUGUUGUCUUUUAUAAUGGAUUUAAUAAAUAAUGACUAGUGCCAAGAAAUACAUGUUUAAUCAAUUCUUGGUGGAUUGAUAAAUAUUGAAGGUUUUUCUAUCAUAAAAAAAAGAAUGGAAUUGUAAUAAUUCAAAUUGAUUGAUUUGAGUGAGUUGAAUGUAGCUGUUGAAUUAAAAAGCACUUCUACUAUAAUUUUAGAAAUUAUUAUUACAUUUAUAUUAUGA